GCGAAAUCUGGGUUCAGCCCGCAGAGACGACCAGGCGCGCGCGCAUGUGUGGGCGGAAGAAGGGCCGGCUCGCGCAGCGGUGUGCGCGCGGAUCCUGCAAGUAGCGAAAGCGGGGAGAGGACGGUUGAUCCCGAGGGCCAGAUCGGGAGCGUAACCAGCGCGUGCCGCUCGCCUUUGGACGGUUAGAGCUGUGACGGGCCGUUUCGUUAGGCGGGCGGAGCCCUGGUGGGUUCCGCUGUAAGCUGCUGAAGGUGGCGCUGCCGCCGCCGGGCUGCCCUCUUCCUCCUCAGGCGGGACUCCCCCGGCCCGGCUCGACGUUGUGAUUGGGUGGAAGAAGAUGGCGCUGCGCGGAUGGAAAUCCUAAUGACAGUCUCCAAAAUAGCUUCCAUCUGUACCAUGGGCGCUAAUGCCUCAGCCUUAGAGAAAGAAAUUGGUCCAGAACAAUUCCCAGUCAAUGAACAUUAUUUUGGCUUAGUAAAUUUUGGAAAUACAUGCUACUGUAAUUCAGUUCUUCAGGCACUUUAUUUUUGUCGACCAUUUCGAGAGAAAGUCUUGGCAUACAAGAGUCAGCCCAGAAAAAAAGAGAGUCUUCUCACCUGCUUAGCUGAUCUCUUCCACAGUAUAGCCACCCAGAAGAAGAAAGUUGGAGUGAUACCUCCUAAAAAGUUUAUAACAAGACUACGGAAAGAGAAUGAGCUGUUUGACAAUUAUAUGCAGCAAGAUGCACAUGAAUUUUUGAACUAUUUGCUGAAUACAGUGGCAGAUAUUUUGCAAGAGGAGAAAAAACAGGAGAAACAGAAUGGUCGUCUACCUAAUGGCAGCAUUGAUAGUGAAAACAGUAAUUCCCCAGAUCCCACAUGGGUUCAUGAAAUCUUCCAGGGAACAUUAACCAAUGAAACAAGGUGUCUCACCUGUGAAACUAUAAGCAGCAAAGAUGAAGAUUUUUUAGAUCUUUCUGUUGAUGUGGAACAAAAUACUUCAAUCACACAUUGUUUAAGGGGUUUCAGCAACACAGAAACCCUGUGCAGUGAAUAUAAAUAUUACUGUGAAGAGUGUCGCAGUAAACAGGAAGCACACAAAAGAAUGAAAGUAAAAAAGCUGCCUAUGAUUCUUGCUCUCCAUUUGAAAAGAUUUAAAUACAUGGACCAGCUACAUCGAUAUACAAAACUCUCCUAUAGGGUAGUAUUCCCUUUAGAACUUCGACUGUUUAAUACAUCUGGUGAUGCCACAAAUCCUGACAGAAUGUAUGAUCUUGUGGCAGUGGUAGUUCACUGUGGCAGAUCCCUCCAGUCUCCAGCCAUCCCAGCAGCUUCCAGAAAGGGCAAUGACAGCAUCGUUUGGAUCAGCAGCGAUGGAGAUGUAAAGCUGUAUAUCAUCAGCAUACUGAUGGUAUCUCAUCCCAUGUGGACCCAACAGAGGACACUAUAUUGCUAUUGUAAAGAGUCAUGAUUUUUGGCUGCUCUUUGAUGAUGACAUCGUAGAGAAAAUAGAUGCCCAAGCUAUUGAAGAUUUCUACGGGUUAACAUCAGAUAUCUCAAAAAACUCAGAAUCUGGUUAUAUUCUCUUCUAUCAGUCCCGGGACUGAAUGUGUCUGGGCAAAAAGUUACUUCCUGCCUCACUAUUCUGGAUAACAUGAAAACUACUACAUUAGAAGAUAGUAAAAGCAGAGACAAAAGAGUAUAAUGUGGUUUGCGCUGCAACAAACCCAGUUAUUCCAAGAGGCUUUCAAAAAUCUUCAUAUUGCGCUCCAUGAAUUUGCUCAGGGGUCAUAAGGACAAGGCUGAUGCAUCACAAAUGCGUUAGAGAAACAGAUCAGCUACUCUUGUAAGAAAUUCCCAUCAAGCAAGUUGUAUCUAACAGACUUGAUCAAAAGUCCAAUUUUGUGGAUAUAUUUUCAUAAUCUUCAGCAUCUUUGAUUUCUUGUCAGUGUUGCAUUAAGUGCAAGUGCAACAAAGCAAUAUAAAUUUGGCACAUUAAUUUAUUUGGUAGUACUAAAAAUACACAUGAUUCUUGAUCUUGAUUUUACCUAUAUUCAGUUUUUAAAUUUUUUUUUUUUUUUGCACACAUAAAUAGAGAAUUAGCCUAACAGUUGCUUUCUUGGCCAGAAUAAAUUUAUAGCAUAUUGGUUUUGUGACUGGGAACCAAGAAGUCAAAUGUGUUUUGCUUCUUGUAAGAAGCUUACAUUACAGUAAUAAAUACCUUUAUGGGAACAGUUUUGAGUUUUAAACUUUCUAUGGGGGAAGAACUUGAUUUAUAAUUAUAAUUUUAUUUUUAUUUAUGUGUUAACUGCAACUUCUAGAGUUUCUGUGUUUUAUAUUUCCACAAAUUUUGGAACCUAGAUUUGUAUAUUAGAUUUUAUUGGAUUUAAAUACUCUUUUACAUUGUUCAUCUACAAGAUUUCUCAGAAAAUAUACUUUCAAAACCUAAACUAACCAGGGGAAAGUAUGGAAUUUGCUUCUUUAAUAAGGAGCCAGUGUCUCUUGCUGUAUGUUUCAUGUGUGUUAUUUAAAGAAUUUGAAGUGGAAAUGUCUUCUAUGGUGUAAAACAGAUUUUCUGUUUUAUCACUGUUAAGAUGGUAGAGGUGGUAUACUGUACCAGUUUUUCUUUUCUAAGUCUUCUAAACACUUUGACUGCAAUAUAGGCCAGGAUUGCCCAAGCUUAAUAGAGCCAGGGUGGCAAAUGUAUGUAAUUUUGGUCUUCAUUGUAGCAUUAAUUAAAAUGUAAAAUAGCUCCAGAAUAUCUCAGUUUCUGUGAAUGCAAUGGGUAUGGAUAGUUGAAAACUCCCCAAAGUCUUGUGAAGGUUUUACCCACUAAAAUUUAAAAAUUAAGAAAAAGAAUAUUAAAAAUUUUGAUCCUGAAAGCCAGGGAUCUCUACAUCAUUGUUAUGUUGUCUGACAGUGGCUGAAUGUAAAUUGAUGAAAUAAAGCUAAAUGCAUAUUUCCAGUUAGAUCAAUUGUGCCUUCAUAUUUUGGCACUCUUUUUCAUCAUAGUUUUGUUUUGCUGGCAGUGUUAGUAAGAAACUGUUUUUGUCUGCUGCUAUAAUUAAUGCAUUCAGUUUACCUAUACAAUUUAGCUCAGGAAUUUUAACAUCAAACUGAACAAAUUUUCAAUGUAGGUUGUCUUAUUUAACUAAUGUGGAAAAAAAUCAUGUUAAAUUGUAAAUAUUUUUUUAUUAAAAAAAUUAAAGCCUU